AAACGAGACUGGGAACUGUAGUUGUUUACUCUUUGGAACUACAUUUCCCAGCUCCCCGCCGCUGUCUUUGUUUAGUCCCUUAGAACUACAUUUCCCAGUGUGACGCAGCUGUCCGGUGAUACGACGUGUCGUAAAAAAAUCAGUAAACCACGGCGAGACCGAGAUGGGCACCUCCGAAGACGGCUGACAGUUUGCUCUGUCUUUAUUUGUAAUCAGUGAUGUUUAUGUAGCGACGGCCAGGCCUCGGCGCACGGUAACGGUUGUACAACAUGGAGGCCAUGGAGGAUGACAGUUUGGACCUUAAAGACGACCACAACCACAACAACUACCGCGCGAGCAGCAGCAGCGGCGGCGGCGGCAAAGUCCGCACGCAGCUCAGCGGACAGUUGUCGGAUGCAGCGACGGUCCCGCAGCCCGUCUGUGUGCCGGUGCCGGGAGGAGAACCGGGGAGUCGACGGGGGAAAGUGUGGUCCGGCGGCUCCGGAGGGUCAAAGUUCAUGGACUCGGAUUCAGGCAGCGAGAGCAGCGAAGUGAGCGAGACCGACAGCACGGCUCCACCAGCCGCUGUCGAGGGCAAAUUCACCCUCGAUUCUACUUCCAAGUUCCUCCUGAACGCGAUGGCUGUAGAAGACUACCGGAAAAACCACUGGCCCAACCUGGAGAAGGCGAUCGACCGUCUGCUGAUCCAGAAUCCCACAGAUCACAUCUCUGUUUCUUACGCACAGAUAUACAGUUACGUCUACAAGUGUGUUUGUCAGCAGCACUCUGAGCUUCUUUACAACGAUUUGACGUUAAAAAUAACAAAUCAUCUGCAGCAGGUUUCCACCCAUCUACAAGCCAGUCCACCUGAGAACUUCAUUGAGAACUUCAAUGUUGCGCUGACGCAAUACACGGCGUCUCUUCAGUGUAUAGUUCCUGUCUUUAUGUACUUGAACAAGUUCUACAUCGAGUCCAAACUGAACAGAGACCUGAGAGACGAUCUGAUGAAGCUGUUCGCUGAUCACGUCGCAGAGAAACACGUGAACACACUGAUGCCUCUUCUCAUCAAAGCUCAUUCCAUGCCCUUUCAAGUGCAGCCAUCUACAAUGGCCAGUGUGGUUAAAGGCCUCUACAGCCUCCGACCAGAUUGGGCCCAGUUGGCACCGGCUCUCUUCUCUGGCUUUAUUCCCCAAAUCAACCCUCCGGCUGUGGAGUCUCUGCUGCCUGACUACGCCGCUCACGACCAGAAGUUACAGCUGGAGCUCUCCAUGAACGGAUUCCCUCGAGGCGACCAGUCUCGAAAACGGGCCAGCGAUGACUCCUGAUAGCAGAGCUAUUACUGUGCCUCCCGCAAUCUUUAUACCACGAUUGACAAGGUGUCAGUUUCCUCUCCCUCGACUCGAGGUCACACAACACUGUGAAGAACAAAGAGAACCUGACGUUGGGUUGCUGAGCAGACGCUUAAUCUCACUGCACUAUAAAAGCACACAGACUUCCUUCAUGGUGCUUUCCUCUGCGAUUUUACGACAGCUUCAGUAUUUGUGGGAUGCUGCUGUUGUUGUGCGUCGAGAUGGUUUUCCUUCACGCUCCUCCUCAUUUGAAGAGUGCCUUCUCGGUGUCUGUUCAGAUCGGAUUGUCCUAACGAGGGACGUGUUUCAUUCCUAACCUUUAACAUGGAAGUGUCUUCUUUUAAUAGACUGGGCUAAUCAAGACUUUCUAUUGCUGCUAAUAAUACUGUCCAUGUGUUAAUACUACAGACCCCUCACCCACUGUGUCUGUGACCCAGUGAGCUUCACUCAACACAGACGAGUGGAGGAAAGAAAUGAGAACAAGGGAGGGAGGGAAACUACAUCGUCGACCUCAACUAUAAUUCUCUUCAUGUUGCCUUUUACUGUGUUGGUAAACCGGAUUGUAUUUUCCUGUUACGCCAAAGAGGAUUUGCAGUACUUGUUUUCUUUUAUAUAUAUAUACACAUAAUGCAUUGGAGCGGACGUUGUGUACGUUAUACGCUGUCUGAGUCGCUGAGCCGUUUACGUUUCUUUUUUUUAUAUACUAACAAGUUUUGUAGCUUUAGUUUGUUUGUCUCAAGUCGAUCUUUAAAUGUCUGUUUUAGCCUCGCGUGUAGGAUUGGCAGAGAGCUUCGACAACCACACGACGUUGUUUGACAAUUUCCUUUUUUUUUUUACUCCAGUUUGUUCAACAACUUACCUUUUAAAGCUAAGGUAGCUGACGUAGGUAACCAGUGAGGAUUUAGUGGUGUAGUUUCAGAUUAUAAGUCACUCGCUUUCCAAUAAACUGGUUCAGUGUUUGUCUGCUCUGGGCUGCUGUAGAAACAUGGUGGUUCAACAUUGCAGCUCAUUCGAAGGUAACAAAAACACAUUUUCGAGUGAUUUUACACUAAUAAAAACAUAGUUUGGCUUCUGUUAAUCUAUUUCUGCCAACAGAGCCUUAAUGAAUGUUACUCUCUGGAUCUUUAAAUCUGUUGACACUCUUUACAAACCCGACAGCGGUCCGUAAAUCAAAUGGCUCUCGGGAGGAAAAAGAAUAAUGUGGUAUGUGUGGCAGAUGUAAUAAACCCCAGUGGGAGUUGCUUUGAGGUGCCAGUUCCUCCAGCGUUACCUACCUUGAGCUUUAAUCGUCCCUAAACUGUAAAUAUAUACGGAACCUGAUGCUUCUCGGAUUUUAAGAAACAAAAUGAUAUGCAAAUAUUGUUUGGCGUCUACUCGUUGCUGCAUUAAAGGUUCCUAACGUAUAGUCUGAUGAUGUAAAUGGUUUUUUUGUCUUUGCAUAGUGGUCGGUGUACACAGCUUCGAACGAAUCACUUGAAUGGAUGAAUUUGAUACGCGGUCUUACACUGUUUUAAGUGUAAAUAGAUGCUCAGGCUUGCUUUUUUGUUUCCGUCUGUGGGUCUUGGAAAAGGUUCUCAUUGUCUUUCAAAUAAACUAAUUUCAUUAAUCUUGGGACACAGGUGAUUCUUCGCUGUUCGGGAGUUUAAAUCUGGUUCUGGAGGAGUGUUUUCUUCCAUAAGAAGGCAUUAAAACAAACCUAAUGAAGUCACUGCAGAUGCCAAACACUGGAUGUACUAUGUUCAAUCACUUUUUCUCUUAACACGCUGCAAAAAAAAAAAAAAGAAAUCCAUGUUUAAAAACAACUGUGAAUAAAAUUCCACUUGGCUCAAAUGCUGUUUCAGAAAA